AUGGCUUCAAGCAGUGUUCCCACUAUCUCCAUUCCCAAUAUCUCUCACCUUGUCUCUGUCAAACUAUCUGAUACCAACUAUCUUGUAUGGGAAAGUCAGGUCAAACCUUUCUUACUCGGCCAGAAUCUUUGGCACUUUGUUGAUGGCUCUCAUCCUUGCCCCUCCCCUACACUUCCUCCUUCUGAAAAGUCUAAAUGCUCCACUCUGUCGUUGGCCAAUCCUGACUAUGUCUCUUGGUUUCAAACUGACCAAAGCCUGAUUAGUAUUCUUCGUGCUACGCUGUCUGAGAGUGUUCUUUCCCAAGUUAUUGGGUUCUCCACCUCGAAGGAAAUUUGGGAUUGUCUCAAACAAAAUUUCUCCCAACAAUCCCUUGCCAAUUCUGCCCAGCUCAAAUUUCGCCUCUUCUCUAUUACCAAAGGUUCCAGAUCCAUCUCUGAAUACCUUGCUCAGGCCAAGAGUUUGGCUGAUGAACACACUGCAAUCCAGGACCCUGUCUCCAACUCUGACCUGGUUACUUAUGUACUUCGUGGUCUGGGUAUUGACUACCAAAUGAUUGUGACGGCAAUUUUGAAUUUCCCACCACUUCCAUCCUUCUCGGACCUCCGCACUCGCCUUCUUGCUUUUGAAGGGCAAUAG